CAUCUUCAUACAUUCUUCUAAUUCCCCCACGAAAGCCUUCAUUUCAGACUCGUUAGGAAAUGCAAGCCAUCCGCCUUCAUCCCGCCCCCAAGGACUCAAAGCCCUACUCCCCCUCCAACCCGGCUCCACCGUCCGCGUUAAAGCUCGACAAGAUCCCAAUCCCCAGACCCUCCCGCCAAAGAGAAAUCCUAAUCAGAGUGAAAGCCACAACAGCCAUCCGCGACGAAUUAUCCUGGCCCGAAACAUACGCGGCCGAAUUUGCGAUCCCAGGCCACGACUUCUCCGGGAUAGUAGAAGACGUCUUCGUCAAUCCGGACAGCAGCAGCAGCAGCAGCACCACCACCACCACUCAAUUCAAACGCGGCGAUGAAGUCUUCGGAAUGACACACGCCGACCGAGGCACAACAUGGGCUGAAUACACGAUCGUGCGUGAGGAUGAGGUCGCGCUGAAGCCCGAAAACCUGACGUGGGAGGAGGCUGCUUGUUUGCCUCUAAGCGGGCUGACGGCUUUUGAGGCUUUGUUUAGGCAUGCAGGUCUCCCGUUUCCGAAUGCUGUUGGGGAAAAAGAGAUGAUUGGGAAACGGGUUUUGAUUACCGGGAGCUCUGGUGGUGUGGGCAUUUAUCUGGUUCAGCUUGCUGCGGUGGCGGGUCUGCAUGUUGUGGCGACUUCUAGCUCUACCGUGCGCAAUGCGGAGUUUCUUAGGGGGUUGGGGGCUGAUGAGGUGGUAGAGUACUCUGCUUUAGGGGAGAAUGUGGAAGGUUCUUUUGAUCUUAUCGUUGAUACUGUUGGGGGUGCGAUUCUUCGAAGGUGUUGGUCUUGGAUAUCGGGGGAUGGGACUUUGAUAUCGGUUGAUUCGGGGAGCUUUGAUUUUGUAAGUGACCACAGAAAGAGUGGCUUUUCUAAGGGGAAAGAGGAUGUGAGGGCUUUGUUUUUUAUUGUUAGGAGUGAUGCUGAAGCGCUGAGGAAAUUGGCGACCUUGGCGGAAUUAGGCCGGUUGAAACCGUUUGUGCUGCGAGAAUUUGAGCUGUCGGAGGCUCAGGAAGCGUAUGAACAGGCUAGUUCAAAGGCUUCUGGCUAUGGGAAGGUGGUUAUAAAAAUAUAGGGUUGUCUGUCGAUCUAUCUUUCGC